AUGACAGGCACCAACAUCCUUGCAGCCUCAGCUCCACAUGGCCGCCUCAGCAAUGGAGGUAUGGAACAUGGUCUACUUGGACUCAAUGCCCCCAUCCUCCCCUGGUAUGCAGUUGAAGCUCUGCUGGAGGUGGCAGUUGAAGAUCCAAUGGACGGAAAUCAUCAUGAAGGAAAGAAAUGCUGUGUCAGUUACCAGAAGAGUCGAAUCCCUGAAAAACUCAUUAGAGCGUAUGAAGAAACAGACAUUCGGUGUGCAAACCCUGGAGUCAUCUUUACUCUAAACAACGGCAAAAAGAUGUGUGCAAAUCCUGAAGACAAGUGGGUGCAGAGGGUCAUGAAAACAAAUGAAUUAAAGAAGAGCGAGAUUACAAUCCUGUCCUCAACUCAGCCGAGUGUUUAAAUCCUCUCUCCGUUAAUAAGUAUUUUUUAAUCAUAGUUAAACUUUUGUUUGAAUUAGUCCUGCACUGUUGAGCUGAAUUACACUGGAGGCAAUGAGGAUGAAUUAAUUAUAUCUUUAUACCUAAGAAAGGACAUUAACUUGCAUAUUAUGAUGAUGUUUCUAUUUGUUUGAUCACAUUUUCACCUUUUAAAAGAAAACUUGUGAAACG